AUGACAGACGUGUCGGGUAGCGGGCUGAAGCGGCCUCACCCUGAGGAGGAAGACAACAACUCGCAGAAACGGACCCGGUCGAACAAUGUUUCUCCAUUACCAGGCCAGGGAGGCGUGGCGUCAGGAAAGGUCGAUAUCGACAAGAUGGUAGCCGAGGCGAAGGCUAAGGCAGAAGCUGUGCGCGCUCGCCUUCAAGCUGCGCGCGGCGGCGCGACACCGACAGUGCCACCGACAGAUUCAAGCUCCAGUCCUACGCCGCCAGCUUCCAGCCCUGCGAUGUCAAGAUUGGAACAGAUGAAAGCUAGAGUCGCAGCGGCGACGGGCAAAGCAGGCGCUGCCUCUCAGCAACGAACCAACGCUCCUGCACCUUCCUACCAACCACCGGCGCUCGACGAUGAUGGGUUAUCCAAGGCUCGCGGUGGCCUGGACGUUGGUCUGCAUCCCGCAUUGCUGUCAGACACCACACCAGAUUUCCGUGGUGGUAAGGGACGGCAGCAUCCCAAGGCCGGGAAUAGGCGCGGCGACUCCGCGUUUCAGCGUGACGAUCGAGCGCGGCUUGAUUUGUCCGGCCCGUCAAUUGAGGAGAUCAAGAACAACCCCUAUUUUGACCCGAGUCUCGGCCCUAAAGCAACAAUAGCCAAGCCGCGACAUUCCCGAGGGCUUAUCUUCAACCAGAAGGGCAAAUAUAUUCAGCAGGCUGCGGCCCUGCGCAGGCAAGCGCAGUUGGAAGCUAUGAAGAAACGAAUCGCAGAGAGGGCAAGACAGGCUGGUAUUGAUGAGGAUUUGGAUGUGGAGAAGGCAUUCUUGGUUCCUGCUCCCCCGGGUGUGGAAUGGUGGGACGAGGGACUGGUCAACGGCAGCGAAUACUCUGCAAUUGACGACCAGCAAAAUCUCAAAAUUGAUACGCCCGACUCCAUCGUGACCCACUAUAUUCAGCACCCUAUUCUCCUCGAUCCUCCGCAGGAAAAACAGCUUCCCGAGCAGAAACCCAUGUACCUCACACCAAAGGAGCAGGCCAAGAUUCGCCGGCAGCGAAGAAUGGCGGACCUGAAGGAACAGCAAGCAAAGAUCAGGCUGGGUCUCGAACCGGCCCCGCCUCCAAAGGUCAAGAAAUCCAAUCUCAUGCGGGUUCUUGGCGAGCAAGCGGUCAAGGACCCCACGGCUGUGGAGGCCCGAGUGACCAGGGAGAUCGCAGACCGUCGGGAGAAUCACGAGGUCAUGAACGAGGAACGCAAAUUGACCAAAGACCAGCGACGCGAGAAACUGGUGUCUCAGCAGGAGAAGGAUGCCGCGCUGGGCAUUCAUCUGUCAGUCUAUCGAGUCGACAGUCUUGCGAGUGGUCGAAACCGCUUCAAAGUCAGCAAAAAUGCAGAGCAGAAUGCUUUAACGGGAAUCUGCGUCAUGCAUCCCAAAUUCAACUUGGUGAUCGUCGAGGGCGGCAAGCAUUCGAUCAACAACUACCGAAAGCUGAUGCUCAACCGCAUCAACUGGACCGAGAAUCCUGGCCCCGACACGGCGGCCGAAGCCAGCCGCGAACCUCAGGUAUCGUGGUUAUCCACGGAAAAUGAGCAAGGAGAGCUACGAGACUUUACCCACAACUCAUGCACUCUGCUCUGGGAAGGCCAGGCCAAGGCUCGCGCUUUCAAGAGGUGGCUGGGUGCCCGAGUCUGCGAGACCGACGCAGCAGCUAAAGAUGCUUUGUCCCGGUCGAAGAUGGAGAAUUUCUGGACUCUGGCAAAGAGCGCCAAGCCAGCCGAGUUCUAA